GUUUCCCGCCAAUUGAGGUGUUUGGUUCUUUUGGCGGGAAGCGGUGGAGUAGUGGGGCCAAAGGGCCGCGGUGUUUCGUCGCACUAUAAUUAUAUCACUAUCCUAAUUCUGGAAGGAGGAGGAGGAAGAGGAGGGGGAGGAGGAAGAGGACGAAGCAUAGGAAGAAGAGGAGGAGGAGGAGGACGAAGCAUAGGAAGAAGAGGAGGAGGAGGAGGAGGAGGAGGAGGAGGAGGAGGAGGAGGAGGACUGACGAGGGAGGUAUUGGAUUGAUGGUUUGUUGUUGAUGUCCCCCGCACUGUGAUUAUCACUACCUGUCCC